AUGUUGGGUUUGGUAGAAACAAAGAAAGAGAGUAUCACUAAAUAUGAUGUAGUACGUAUUUGGGGAAGUAAUAGAGCGUGUUGGGAGUCUGUAAGUUCAAGCGGGGCUUCUGGUGGGUUAUUGUUAAUAUGGGAUGAAAUGGUUUUUAAAUCGUCUAACUGCUAUAAAGGAGAUAGAUGGUUGUGUAUAGAAAGAAUGGUGGUAAAAGAGAACUUUCAUUGUGUUGUUUGCCUAGUGUAUGGACCGCAUGUGAGAGCUGAGAAGAAAUCCAUGUGGGAAGAAUUGAGUUAUAUUGCAAGACUCUGUCAGGUGCCUCUUUGCUUUUUGGGAGAUUUUAAUGAAAUUUUGCAUGUGGAAGAAAGGAAAGGAGCCACUAGCUUAUCUGCGUCUGCGGAAGAUUUUAGAUCAUGGAUAAAUGACAUGGAGCUGGUCGAUUUGCCACUAAAUGACCGUAAGUAUACAUGGUUUAGGGGACAAUCAUGCAGUCGUAUUGAUCGAAGCCUAGUUUUAUUGGGAUGGCUUGAUGUAUACCCAGAGACGCGUUUGAGGGGUGGGCCAAGAGGAUUAUCAGAUCACUGCCCUAUGAUCAUGGAAGACAGCAGGAAAUUUGAAGGCCCAAGACCAUUCCGAAGUUUGGAUUCGUGGUUUACGCAUGAAGGGUUUUUGAGAACGGUAAAGGAAGAAUGGAGGGAAUUAGGUAACAUGCAAUUCCUAGAGAAGAUGAAAGCACUGUCAGUACCACUCCGCAGAUGGCAUAAGCAGCAUUUUGGUGACUUGAAUGAGAGGAUAAAAAGGUUUGAGGAAGAAAUAAGGAAGGUGGAUGAUAUGGAAGAUUCUCUAAAGGUGAGUUUUAGGGAUGGAUUGGUUAAUCGCUUAGAGAGGGAGGAAGCGGAAGGCCUAGAGGUGUUACCAACAGUAGAGGAGGUAAAAGAGGCAGUGUGGGACUGUGAAUCUUCUAAGGCUCCAGGGAAUGACGGGAACAGAGUUCACUACAGCUGUGAUAACUUUUUUGAAACAGCAAAAUUACCAGCAGACUCUAAUGUCACCUGGGUAGCGUUGGCGCCGAAAUUUGUUGGGGCUAAGGAGAUUAAAGAUCUCAGACCUAUCAGCAUGUGGUUGAAACAGAAAAAGAAGGCAUCAGCGAUUAUCGAACUGGACUUCCAAAAAGCCUAUGACAGAGUUAAAUGGUGCUUCGUGGACACUGUAUUAGAAAAGAUGGGAUUUGGUAGAACAUGGAGGGCAUUGGUAAAGGAAUGUGUUACAUCGGCAUCUAUUUUCAUUCUGAUCAAUGGUUCACCAUCAAAACCGUUCAAGAUGGAGAGGGGUCUAAGGCAAGGUGAUCCAUUAUCGCCGUUUUUGUUUGUUCUGGUGGUGGAUGUGCUAAAUAGGAUGAUUGGAAAGGCGGUAAGGAACGGUCGGAUAUCUCCACUAUUAGUUGGGCGGGAUAAUAUAGAGCUGUCACACCUACAAUUUGCUGACGACACUAUAUUAUUAUGUCUGCCAGAAGAAGGAACAGUGAGAAACUACAAGAGACUUCUGAGAUGCUUUGAAUUGAUGUCUGGUUUGAGCAUUAACUUUGAGAAGUCUAACUUGAUACCAGUGAACUGCAGCCAGGAGUGGGUUAGCAGGAUGUGUCAGCUUUUAGGGUGUCAGGAGGCAGCCCUACCGGUAAGGUAUCUUAGCAUUAGCUUAGGAGCAAAUCCAUGGUUGGUAAAAACGUGGAAGCCGGUUUUAGAUAAGGUCGAGGAAAAAUUGAGCCUGUGGAAAGCAAAAGUCCUUAGUAAGGCUGGAAAGCUGGUGCUCAUUAAGUCGGUGAUCAACAGUCUACCUAUUUAUUACCUGAGUUUGUAUAAGAUGCCAAGUGCAGUUGCUAGAAGAAUCAUUACCUUGCAGAGGAGGUUUCUUUGGGGGAAGGAUGAUGGACAACCUGGAAUGGCUCUCGUGAAGUGGGAAUUGGUCAAAGCACCAAAGAAGCUAGGAGGGUUGGGGGUGGGUGAUUCCGUUGUCCGUAAUACUGCUUUACUAUUUAAAUGGUGGUGGAGAUUCUCAAUGGAGGACUGCCUUUUAUGGAAGAAGAUUGUGUGCUCCUGUAAUAACCUAAACCCAAAUCACUUGUUGUCAACUCAGACGCUACCAAAGAAGGGGGGACCGUGGAGAGAUAUAUGUCAAGUACAAAUAAAAGACCAACAUGUUAGGCAGAAGAUGAUUGAUGGCCUUGCUUUGGAAGUAGGAGAUGGUAGAUCCACCAGAUUCUGGGAGGAUACAUGA